AUGGAUCUCGACAAGCUGUCAGCCGAUGAGCUUGAUGAGGCCUUCCGCCUUCUCUCACGCCCCCUCAACCUCCAUCGGGCCUUUGCCCGACCACCACCUGGAGACAUUCCAGCUACUAUCUUCCAACCUCUCACCUCCUCCGCACCAGUCUCAAAACUCGGCCAGCUCGGCCAGCUCCCUCUGGAACUCAUGGCCAAUGUGUGCCUGGGCCUGGACAUCGCCUCAGCAUUCAGCUUCAGCCAGGUCAGCCGACAUGCUCGCGAGGCAAUCGCCAGCGUUAGGGAGUUUCGCCUGGUCGGGAGGCACGUCGCGGGUUGUCUCUGGAUCUUCCUCAACACCCAGGUUGCUUCCCACGUGGACAUGGUCACUCUUUUCUCCGCCCUCACGACAAGUAGCUGCAGCUUCUGUGGUCAGUUCGGUGACCUCUUGAGCAUCCCUACCGUCCAGCGCUGCUGUCUCAGGUGUUUUACAAACGAGGCCAAGUUGCAGCCAUCUUUUCUCAGUGAGCUAACGCGAGGUGUCAUCGGGAUUCCCUCGGCCAACAUCAUCAAGAGAGACUUCCCGGUCUUGCGCACAAUACCUGAUGCAUACGGCUGGAACCACACUCUAUUCUCGAGGCGUCGAUACAUAGUAGCAGACUUGAUCGUAUCUGCGACCGAAAUGCUGGUCGACGUGGUGGCUGCUGUGAGACUUGCUGAGGAGACGGUGCUAGUUCCGACGGUCAAGGUAAACGAUGCUGUCUCUGUCAUGAGGAGGGAGGAGCUAAGAGUAAUCUCGAACGAGGGCUCCGAGGUCCAAGCUGAAGUUUUUGUUUCCACUACAGUUGAAGUCGAUGUGGUUGGCAAAAACUGGGAAGAGCUGAGGUCCGGGACCAGGGACGAGGAUUGUGACAAAGACAUAGACUGGACAGAUCCGUCAGUGGUGGAAAUGGAAGAGGCCGAUGAGGGAGACAUUUCGGAAAUCUGCUCCAACGUUGUCGACGAAAUCAUUGUAGCAGAAUCUCUGGAGGUGGUGAUUAAGCUAGCAUGCCAGAGUGUUGUCAUCGUGGUCCACGGUGCGAACGAGGUAUCAAUCGACUGA